ACGCCGAUGACCGUUAUCGGUUCUAAAUUUUACGUCGCUAUAGGGCAUCAGUUAAACGCUUUUCCGUCACACAGACGCUUAAAGAAUAGAAAUGGAAAGCGAAAUGUAUCUCAAGCUAAGUGUUCCCCAACUGAAAGAAGAGUUACGAAAGAGAGAAGCAACAACAAGAGGAAGAAAGGCUGAUUUAAUUGAAAGGUUGAGGGCAUAUGACCGAAACAAAGAUUUUAAAAAUGAACCAAUUCUCAUUCCUGAGCCAUUAGAUGUAGACUGGCCUACAAGGGGAUUCCAACAGCUGCAGGAUGAUCAUAGAAAAGACAUUCCAGAAAUGUGUAUUGAACAAAUCGACAUGUAUUUUGUGCAUAGAUUAGCAGGUGAUAAACAAAGCACAGGGGAUGUGAAGGCCAUAGAAAAAGGAAGACUGCUCCUUGACAGUGAUAGGAUUCUGGCGGCUUCAUAUCUGAAGCAGGGCAAUGCAUUAUUUUUCACAGGCAUUGUUGGAGCAGCUAUGAAAACAAGAGUAACGUAUAACUUUAAAAUGAAGUUGGAUAAAUCUUCGGGGGACCUGAUGAAUAGUCACUGUGAAUGUCCUGCAGGACGAGGACCACAUGGCACCUGCAAGCACCUUGGUGCAGUUGCACUGAUGUUAUUGUAUUUUAGUGAAGGAAAGGGCCUUUGGGUCAAGAGGUCCUGCACAGAAAAUCUACAAACAUUUCACAAGCCUAAACAUUCAUACUCAGGAUCACCCGUGAAAGCUGAAAAUCUCUCCAGAAAGCGUAGAUUGAAUGACGAUUUCUUUGAUGAUCCACGUCCUGAACAUUUAAGAAACAAGGCUGGAUACCCUGACAGAGUCAGAAAUAUGGUCAUCAACUACUGUUCUAAGACCUCAGAGAAUCUAACAUUCAGAUAUCUCAUCGAGCGAGCAGAUAUUAAGACAGCAGUGCUUGACCAUGACUACUUAGAAAGACCUUUCACAGAAUACUGGGUAGAACAAGCUGUUGAUGUAACCGCAGAUGAAAUUGUUGCAAUUGAGGAGAGGACUCGUGGACAAGCCAGCUCUAAAAACUGGUUUAAGGAAAGGUCAUGGCGGAUCACGGCAUCUCGUUUUGGGGAGAUCUGUUUAGCUACAGACAGGAGGAAUAAGCAGAAACUCUGUGAAUCCAUCCACCAGCCAUCUGCUGCUCUGCUUCGAAGCGAAGCUCUAAUUCAUGGUCGUACCUAUGAGGCGCGUGCUAUAAGGAACUUCGAGAAGGAAACGGGAAAAAGUGUAAGAAGAUGCGGCCUCUUUGUUGAUAAAGAUAGAUCUUACUUGGGUGCAUCACCAGAUGGCCUUGUUGGGAACGAAGCACUUAUUGAAGUGAAAUGCCCCUUUGCAGGUCGCAACGAAAAAAUCCAACCUGGGAAGCACUUUCCAUUUUUGACAAAGGACUCUGUGACAGGACAAUUCAAGUUGAAACCAAAUUCCAAGUAUUAUUUUCAAAUACAAGGGCAAAUGUUCAUUGCAAAGAAGAAAUGUUGUUAUUUUGUUGUAUAUACUUUUAAAGAUCUGUUCAUUCAGAAUAUUGAUUUUGAUCUUGAGUAUUGUGAAAAUUCUCUUUUUCCAAAAUUAGAAUUGUUCUAUGAUACAUAUUUCAAACCAUACUUGUCAUCCAUACUGUGAAUUAAAUUUACAUGUGAAGUACAGUCACUUCUCAUCCAAAAUUGUCCAUUCAAUAUGCUGAUGCAAUAUGUUAAAUUAUUUUGUAUUGUUGGUAAAUAUAGGACCAGUUGAAACAUUUUAAUUGAAUAUUAUAAACAACUUCAGAGAAAAGGGGCAAUUUUACUAAGUGUGCUUAUGAACAAUAACAGAUCUGUUGGUCUCCUUUAGAGCUGCAUUUUACAUAAGUUUAUUAAUACCGUUACAUUAUUAAUAUGAAUUAAAAAUGUAUAUGUUAAAUUACAUAAAGAUUUUGAAUUUUUUGUACAACUGUAUAAAUCUUGUACCAAUUAUUAAACCUUUCUUGUUUUACAUUUUA